AUGCAACUCGGGUUGCAUCGUGACCCCAAACAUCUCCCAGCUAUAUCGGUACUGCAGGUCGAACUGCGCCGGAGGCUUUGGUACACCAUUCUUGAAUUCGCGGUACAGUCAUCCCUGGACUCGUGGGUGCCGCCAAGGAUAUCAUAUGACGAAUUUGAUACCGAGCCGCCGUCUAAUAUCAAUGAUGAGAGUCUUGACGAGUCGACGACAGAGCUCCAGCUUGCACUGAUCGAAUCGCUAUCCGUCUGUCUCCGGAUUGUCCGGCUUCUCAAUGACUUCCAUUCCGAAGUCACCUAUGAUCGAGUCCUCUCACUCAGUUGCGAGUUGAUCGACGCCCUUCAGGCUUGCAGUCGCUGGGCACGCACCAACCCGAUAUUUCACUACUCACUCAAGCUCAGUAUCGACGCUGGCCUCGCCAUCAUCUCUCCAGAACCAGAUCCUGGCUUUUCCCGGUUAGUGGCAAUCGGCGGUGGAGUAUUCCGCGAUGGCAUCCGAUGCGCCACGUCGGCCAUCAGUCUUGAGCUCCUCACACACGUCGAAACACAGCGUCUCAACGGUAUGCUGCAUCGGACACGGCAGUACCUAGAUUUCCUCAAACAGGCCGUCCGUGACCUUAUCUCGCUAUCAAAAGAACGCAUACGACAGGGCGAGACCAAUGUGAAAAACCACAUGUUUCUGAGUAUGAUCCUUGCGCAGGCCGAAGCGGUUGAGGCGCGCAUUCCGGUUGAGCUGCAGGUUGCGCACGCCGCAAGGGAUAGCUUGGAGCUAUGCGAUGAUUUGCUGAAAUUGAGGGAGGAUACUAGCUCGAUGCCGUCCCCCGUUGACGCGGGACUGGGGGCCGUGGGAAUGGAAGGUGUUCAGGAGUUGGGCUUUGAAGGGUUUGGAGCGGACUUUGGAUGUGAGUCUUUCUUCCCGGACACGGGUUUUGGUCAUAACUGGCUUGGGAAUCUCGAUAGUUGA